CAAAUUUAUUACUUCGAAAAGCUUUACUGCGUUCUAGAUAUGCGAUAGAUUACGUGAAAUAAAUAUCCGAAUACAAUUCUACACUGCGAACGUAAUAGUAGCGAAAAAGUACAAACCGGAGAUUACAUAGGAAGAUGAAAACACCAAACCAUCGAUCCACCAAUUUGUGAUAAUAGUUAGCCGAAGUUCGUUGUUGUCGGAACUUAUUCAUGCAACAACAGAGGGCUGUUUGCGCUCUAAUCUGAAGAAAAUCUACACCAGGAUAAUAAAUUGUGGCAGUGUCUACUGCAACAGCGAGCAAAUCCGAAGAUGGAUCUUGUUGAUAUAGAUAAAGUUCUGGAUGAUUUAGAGUUAAACGAGAAUACAGAAUGCCGGAUGGUUACUUCGCAAGAAACAGCACGGGAAAACUCGAAAUCUAUACCAGAAUCAACCUUUAACAAGACAUCAAAACACCUCAGUGACAAAAUGAUAACACCACACUCUACGACAUUUUUAAAACAGGAAAAUGGAGCUACAUGUAGUCCGAUUCCAGAAAGUAGCAAAGCAGCGGAAAAAAGCAAAUCCAGAACGAACGUUAUAAACGUUUCCACCGUCUUUUCCAGUUUGAAUGAGUAUGUUAAUGCUGGAACAGAGCUUAAUGGCAAACUGCAGCCAGUUGCAGAGACUUCGCGGCCAGUGUCGUUUGAAGCGAUGAACACGGUUGAAUCUAACAGUAAUGGAGAUAGUAAACCUCUUCUAUCGCCGUCCAGUUCGUCGAUUUCCACCGAAUCUCACACCUCUUCAUCACUUGGCCGACCUGAAUCAUCAUCCCCAUCAUCUAACAGCUCUGAAUCAGAUCACCAAUGCCAACCCAGGAGCAAAAGCAGUGGAAGUAGCAAGAAUCUACAUAGCAGUGACAGUUCAUCAUCAUCUACAUCCACCAGCGACGGGGAUGAAGAAGAUAAUGCGGAAGUGCACGAAAGAUUAACUGAAGCGCUAUCGCUUAGCGGUGGCGAUUACAUGUUGGAACUAUCGGACAAUACGACCGAAGAAACAACAAACCGAGAGGAACAACAAGCUAGCCAAGUUGUACUCUCUAAGCAAAUCGGCCCAGGUGAACAGCAAGACACUUCUGCAUUUUCCUACAAAAACAGUUUGUAUUCGGAUACACUGAGUAACGAUGUAAUCAAUUUGGAAGGUAUUUCCUCGAUUUCAUCGAUAGUGGCGGUUGAUUUAACUAGUGCUUGUCCAGCGGAAAAACCUGUUGCAGACAUGUCACUGCCAGCAGAGGAUCAGAAUAAAAAAACACAAGAAGGAGCUGUUUUGGCGCGGCCGGAAAACUUAGAGGAUGAGAAGACCGAAAUCAAAAAAGUUGUUGGUUUUGAGUCCACUAUGGACGAUGUUUCCGACACAGAAUUGGAAAGCUAUUUGCAGGAAUUGGAAGAAUAUGAUAUACAACAUAAUUCAGUACCUCAAGGACCAAGUUCCAUCGCAUUUAUUGCAACAGAUAGUGCCGUUAUCGCAAUGACGGGUAAAGAGUCUAACAAGGAGCUGGAUAAAAAGGACACAAUAAGCAUUGAAAGUCAUAACAGCAUCGAUACUAGAAGUGAUGAAAGUAUACCAGAAUCUGCAAGAGAAGAAAAUGAUGAAGAUCUAAUUUCUCAAGCUUCCACACUCGAAUUCAAUGAUUUAGCUGCAAUGACUGCUCCAGCAACGAACGGUGCCAAUUUAGGAACUGAUGUAGUUCCAAUAGAACCAGUUCCAGAAAACGAUGUUCUUGAGUUCACUCAUGAUCCGUUAGAUGACGGAAGUGAGAUAAAAUUUAUUGAUUGUACAGAAACGGAGUCUGCAUUAGUACGUGAAAACCUGCCUGUGGAAGAGGUGCAUGCAAAUGCUGACAACACAGGAGAAAAUAUCCAGGCAGAGCCAAGACAACUUCCAGCAGAAGCAGAAUUGAAAGUACCUUUGCCAAGGCCUAAUUCCUUGGAACUGCCAUCUCAAUCAAAUAAUUUCAGCGAGAACCAUAAUUCUCCUGGGCAUACCCCGCCUUCGUCGCUGUCACAUGGAAUUGAUUCUGAUCAAGGUUUGACAUUAUCCUCAACUAGUUCGGAAGACUUCGUUCCAUCAAUAGCAGUUGUUCCUCAGCCGAUGCCAUCAGCACCACCUACCGAGACCAGCGAGAGACCAAUACAAACCAUUCCAGUUGAAGAAAAUGGAUCAACAGGUUCUCUAACCAGUGCUCAUUCGCAACUAGGGAGAGUGCCCCCUUUCUGGGUUCCAGAUAAUGCAACUAAUUUCUGCAUGCAAUGCAAUCAAAAAUUUUCCCUUAUCAAACGUCGACACCACUGUCGUGCUUGCGGGCAGUUACUUUGUUCGGCUUGCUGCUGUCUCAAGGCCAAACUCGAAUACCUAGGAGAUGUAGAAGCUCGAAUUUGCAUCACUUGUGACAUUAUCCUAAACCAGCAGCAACAAGCUCUCGAAGAGGCUCAGUAUGGAUCACAGUUUGCGAUUGCCGCUGGUGCUGCUUCGGGGUCUACAACCCUACGACAACCCAAUCCCAAUAAUCCUAUGGAAUAUUGCUCCACGGUACCACCGUUUCUUCAACAAGUCGGUAGCCAACCACAAUCUCCUAUAUCUGUUAUGGUUCCGGUAGGAGUACUAAAGCGAGCCGGAGCACCACGGUCCGGUCGCAAGGAUAAAACGGUGAUAUUUAGUGACGGGAUCCGACCGGGCUGCGACUUAACCGAACUGGAUGAAAAUUGGGAUGUUCAGCCAAAGACCUCAAAUACACUACCUAAAACAGUUGAAGAUAAGCGCAAAGGGAGAGUACAAACGCCAGUUUGUGAAAAUCCUCACCCAAUUUCUUUACCAUCGUUGAUCCCUGCGGAAGAGACUAAGUUGCCGCCAAUCAUUAAACAGAUCUCCAAAACUGAAACCAAGCACAUAGAGAUCGACAACGAUGCUAACCUAAUUGCCAGUUUGCGUAACGGGACCUUAACUUUUGCAUUACAACGCAAUCUACAUGUUUUGGUGACGAUUGUGGAGCUAACCUGUUGUAUUAAUAAGACUGUGAUUAAUUUUACCACACGUGGUAUGCAUUACGUAGGCCAAGAUGAAAUCGUUAUACUUUUAGCGCUUGACGAGUCCCAGCUUCUACCGAAGGACAUAUUUGUACAUUUAAAUGAAAUUUACUGUGAUGCUGAUCGCGGAAGUACUGUCACAGAAUUAGGUUUCAGUCCAGCAAGAAUAACCAACUUUUUGGGUUCGAAAAAUCAUGGCGGUUUUCUUUUCGUUAGACCGACUUAUCAGUGCAUGCAAAAUGUGAUAAUUCCAGACUCUCCCUAUUUAGUAGGGGUUUUGGUACACCGAUGGGAAGUUCCCUGGGCAAAAAUAUUGCCGUUACGUCUAAUGUUACGUCUCGGAGCUCUUUAUCGGUAUUAUCCAAGUCCACACGUAAGCGUACGCGAACGAGACUCCGUUUAUGUUGAAAUCGCUCAAACAGUAAUAAAUCUGCUGGCAGACUUCAGGAAUUAUUCUUACACGAUUCCAACUAUACGAGGAAUGGUGAUUCAUAUUGAAGACAGAAAAACAAGCAUACUCAUCCCACGAAACCGUUACGAGCAGGUUAUGAAAGUGUUAACUACUUCAAACGACCAAAUUUUAGCACUUGGUGGAAAUUUCAGUAACGUUGCUGAUGGUCAUUUAGUUUGUAUACAGAAUACCGAAUCCGGUUGUCCGGAAGCGAUGCAGUACUCUACACAAGCAAUCAACAUCGAGGGCCAGCCUAGAAAAGUAACGGGUGCCAGUUUUCUAAUUCUGAAUGGAAUACUACAAUCAAGUAGUGGUUUAAUAGGAAAGUGCAGUAUAGUCGAAGAUGGUCUAAUGGUUCAGAUACCACCAGAAAGAAUGAACGAUAUUAAGGACGCUUUGAAGAAUAUGAAGGAUUAUAAAAUUGUCUGUGGCCCGGAAGAAGGUGAUGAUAGCCAAAAGGAAAUUGUCAGCAUCGAGUGGAUUGAGAACGAUUUGAAUUUCAACAUCGGGGUCGUUUCACCUAUUGAUAAAAAACCAUUAAAUGGGGUACCCAGCAUUAGAGUUCACAGAGGUAUUGACUUUUCAAACACAAACCACAUCAUCCGCUGGACGGAAGUUUUUAUAAUUCAGGGUGACGAAGAAUCCAAUCAUCCAGGUGAUCCAAUUAACAUGUCAAAACUUUCUGAACUGAUAGCUAAAAGUGCGUGCACUGCACUGGUAGCUUUCCUUGAUUUGUUGGCUUCAAACGGAUUUCUUAAAAUUGGCCUCAGGAUAAUGCUAGACCCGGAACAUGUUUCCUAUGAAGCAGGAAGUCAAUUUAACAAGUUAGGUCCAUUGUAUAUGAAUGCACUGGAUAAUGAACUUAUCGGAACUUUGAACCAUCAAGCGAACAGUUUGCAUCUAGAUCAGCAAAUUAUCAUCGAACUAAUAUUUCAUAUAAUGCAGAAAUAGGUGUACUAUUUAAAAUCUUAAACCGGAAUAUGUAUGCUGGAUUCAGUGUGGUGCGUUUCCGAUAUAAUCUGAAUAACCAUCUCAGAAACCUUCAUACAAAUACUAGUGAUGCCAAUUGUUCUCCACAAAGUAGCAUCCGUGUUUAGUAGAAAACUUGAAAUAAAAUAUAUAUGUCUUAGACAAGACAACAUUAACAUUAACAAUGUGCAUAGCUUAGCAUAGUUCUUUGUUAAAAGGUGGAUUUUAGCGUGGAAAUACCAACCGAAUGUUGAUAUAUUUACACACGUUGCAAUGACUUGAUGGACUGGAAGGACAAAAAGUUCUAAUAAAAUAUAAGCUACGAAUUACUAAGAAAGCUGGUUGAGCACAUGACGACAUAACUAGUAUGAAGCGUAAAUUGAGAGAAAAUUCACUCUAUAACAAAGAAAGUAACGUCUCAUAUAUUGUAUAGUUGAAUUAUUACACAGUACUUUUGCUAUUAAUCGACGUAAUAUAUUUAUAUUUUGUUUAAAAUUUUAAA